AUGGCCGAGACGCAGCCCCUCCUCGGCCCCCGGGCUGAGCCACAGGACCCCCUCGCGUGCCUCGAUGAUCCCAAGCCCGUGUUCGACUUUGAUCCCAACGGCGACUCGGACAACCCUCGCGAGUGGCCCGCCUCGUUCAAGCGAAACAUCGUGGCCCUGCUCGCCUGCAUGGCCUUUACAGUCACCUUCACCUGCAUCUCCCUCGGAGAGGCUGCUGGUCCUCUUUCUGAUUUGCGCCGCUGUCCGAGGUCUACGGGCCGCUACCCCGUCAUGAACGUGUGCAACGUGCUCUUCAUCGCCGCCACCGUUCUGGCUGCCGGUCCUCUGGAUGAGCGCCGGUCUCGCCGUCGCCUGCGAGAUCCUCUUCCUGACCCGCUUCCGCGAGACGUACAAGAUGGUCAUCCUCGCAAGCGCGCGCCAGAGCUGUACCGGCAGCACCAGCUGGACCAGGAGCCCAAGGAGUCGAGCGACCACGGCAGCCUCCGGAAGCUCUGGCACUCGGUGACGCGGCCCAUGUCGGUCCUCUUCAGCUCGGGCGUGCUCCUCGCCCUCUCCCUCUUCGGCUCCAUCUCCUUCAGCUACUUCUACGUCAUGUCCAUCACGCUGCCCGACAUUCUGCAGGACAUCUACGGCUUCUCGCCGGCCCUCACCGGCUCGGCCUUCAUCACCUUCAGCAUCGGCUCCUUCGUGGCCAUCGCCAUCUGCAACUUCGGCCUCGACCGCAUCUACAUCCACCUCCGCGCCCACGACCCCGAGGGCGGCAAGCCCGAGCACCGCCUGCCCCUCACCAUCGUCGGCGCCUUCGCUCUGCCCCUCGCCGUCAUGGCCUACGGCUGGGCCGCCGAGCUGCGCCUCCCCGUGCCCCUGCUCCUCCUCGCCGCCGCCCUGCUCGACGGCUCGCUGCUGCUGGCCAUGGUGCCCGUGUCGGCCUACGUCGUCGACGCCUUUGGCCUGUACUCGGCCUCGGCCAUGACCGGCGUCAUCGUCACGCGCUGCCUCAUGGGCACCUUCUUGCCGCUGUCGACCGGCCCGCUGCGCGCCCACUUUGGGUACGGCUGGGGCUUCACCAUUCUCGGCGCCGUCAGCCUGUGCUUGGCGCCUAUUCCCAUCUUCAUCAUGCGCUAUGGCGCCACGUGGAGGAAGGCGUCGCUGUACUCGAGAGAUACGUGA